GGCGGCGCUCGGCGGCGAGCGGGGCGGCGGGCAGCGCCAUGCGGGCUGCCGCCUGCCUCCUCUGCCUGGCGCUCGGCGCCCUGGCAGCGGCCGCAGGAGGCGCCGGGCCGGCGGCGGGGCGGCGGGGCGAGAGCCCCUUCGCGGAGCGAGAGAGCAUCAGGCCCCUGCGGCUGGUCUCCGGCGAGGGCGGCGGCGGGGCGCGCUGGCCGGCGCUGAGCACGCGGGUGCGGAGCGAGGCGGCGCGGGCACAGUCUACCCACAUUGCUCGAGCCAGCUUCCAGGUUGAUGCUUUUGGAUCAUCUUUCAUCUUAGAUGUGACACUAAACCAUGACCUGCUGUCUUCUGAAUAUCUUGAGAGGCAUAUCGAGCAAGGUGGGAAGACAGUGGAAGUUAAAGGAGGAGAACAUUGCUAUUAUCAGGGAAAAAUUCGAGGAAAUUCUGUAUCAUUUGUUGCCUUGUCAACAUGCCAUGGAUUACAUGGGAUGUUCUAUGAUGGAAAUCAUACUUACCUUAUUGAACCAGAUGAAAACUACACGUCAGAUGAUGACUUCCAUUUCCACUCUGUUUACAAAUCCAAGUUGUUUGAAUUUCCUUCAGUCGACCUGCCAUCUGAGUUCUGGCAGAUGAAUACUACAUCACAGAAUUUUGUUGUAAGGCCAAGACACAAAAGAAGGAAAAGGCAGGUUCGUCAGAUUCCACGUAAAGUUGAAGAGGAAACAAAAUACAUUGAGUUGAUGAUUGUAAAUGAUCAUCUAAUGUGUAAAAAGCACCGCUUGUCAGUCGGCCAUACCAACAGCUAUGCCAAAUCUGUUGUGAACAUGGCUGAUUUGAUAUAUAAAGAACAACUUAACACGAGGAUAGUAUUGGUUGCCAUGGAAACCUGGGCUACUGAUAACAAGUUCACCAUAUCUGAAAACCCCUUGGUGACUCUACGUGAGUUUAUGAAAUAUAGGAGGGAUUUUAUCAGAGAGAAAAGUGACGCAGUUCACCUUUUUUCGGGGAGUCGAUUUCAGAGCAGUCGAAGUGGUGUAGCCCACACUGGUGGAAUCUGUUCCUUGCUUAAAGGCGGAGGUGUGAAUGAGUUUGGAAAGCCAGACUUAAUGGCAGUUACCCUGGCACAGACCUUGGCCCAAAACAUUGGCAUUUUCUCAGACAGAAGAAAACUUCUAAGUGGUGAAUGUAAAUGUGAGGACAUGUGGUCUGGAUGCAUAAUGGGAGAUAUGGGGUACUAUCUUCCAAGCAAGUUCUCUGAGUGUGAUAUUGAAGAGUAUCAUGAAUUUUUAAACAAUGGAGGUGGAGCCUGCCUUUUCAAUAAACCAACCAAACUUCUGGAUCCUCCAGAAUGUGGCAAUGGCUUUGUGGAAGAUGGGGAGGAAUGUGACUGUGGGACAAUAGCGGAGUGUGCCAGUGAAGGAGGAGAGUGCUGCAAUACCUGCACCCUGACCGCGGGCUCCCAGUGCAGCAACGGGCUCUGCUGUCGGAAGUGCCGGUUUGAACCUAAAGGAGUUUUGUGUCGAGAAGCAGUGAAUGAUUGUGAUAUUGCAGAGAACUGCACAGGAAAUUCCAGCCAGUGUUCUCCUAAUAUUCAUAAAAUGGAUGGAUAUUCAUGUGAUAACAGACAGGGUAUUUGCUUUGGAGGAAGAUGUAAAACCAGGGACCGGCAAUGUAAAUAUAUCUGGGGUGAAAAAGUGACAGCUGCUGACAGGUACUGCUAUGAGAAGCUGAAUAUUGAGGGGACUGAGAAAGGAAACUGUGGAAGAGACAAGGACUCUUGGAUACAGUGCAAUAAACAGGAUGUGCUUUGUGGAUACCUUCUGUGCUCCAAUAUAUCCAGCAUACCCAGACUUGGAGAACUGGAUGGUGAAAUCACAACAUCAAUCUUGCACUAUGGAAAAGUGUACAAUUGCAGUGGUGGCCACGUGAAGCUGGAUGAGGACACGGACCUGGGCUAUGUGGAGAACGGGACGCCGUGCGGGCCGGACAUGGUGUGCCUCGACCAUCGCUGCCUCCCCACCGAGGCUUUCAACUUCAGCACCUGCCCCGGCACCACCGACAGCCAGAUCUGCUCCGGACACGGCGUUUGUAGCAAUGAAAUAAAAUGUGUCUGUGACCGAUUCUGGGGAGGAGAUGACUGCAGUUCUCACAUCAAAGACGAUCUAUUUUUUGAUAAAAAUGCCAUCAAUAAAGGUGUGGUUAGCACAAAUAUAAUAAUAGGGGCUAUUGCUGGCACCAUUUUAGUGUUGGCUCUCGUUUUAGGAAUAACUGCUUGGGGUUACAAAAACUACAGAAGACAGAGACAAAUACCCCAGGGAGAUUAUGUAAAAAAGCCGGGAGAGGCCGACUCUUUUUAUAGCGACAUGCCUCCUGGAGUCAGCACAAACUCUGCAUCUAGUUCUAAGAAGAGGUCAAAUGGAUUAUCUCAUUCCUGGAGUGAAAGGAUCCCAGACACAAAACAUAUUUCAGACAUUUGUGAAAAUGGGAGGCCUAGGAGUAAUUCUUGGCAAGGUAAUAUAGGAGGAAACAGAAAGAAAGUCAGAGGCAAAAGAUUUAGGCCACGGUCUAAUUCAACUGAGUAUUUAAACCCAUGGUUCAAAAGAGAAUAUAAUGUAGCUAAGUGGGUAGAAGAUGUGAAUAAAAACACAGAAGGACCAUACUUUAGGACACUGUCUCCUGCAAAGUCUCCGUCUUCAUCCACUGGAUCUAUUGCUUCCAGCAGAAAAUACCCUUACCCGAUGCCACCACUUCCUGAUGAAGAGAAAAAAGUCAACAGGCAAAGUGCCAGGCUAUGGGAGACAUCCAUCUAGCUGCAGUGUUUUCCUGGGGUCACAUCAGAACUGUUUACUUUGGAUUUUAUAGAAACUCAGCAUCACUGAGUCACUGCACAUUCAUCUGCUCUUCAGACAAUUCGAAAGAUCAACAGAGGUGCUCGUGAUAUCGCAGUGAUAGCCUCCUGUCAUGUGGAAAGGAAAAAAACAGUCUUUUUUUUUCUUUCUUUUUUGUUGACUUGUAUUUUAUGGAUUUGAUGAACAACCAAAAUCAUACCAUUUGACAGAGAAUAAUUAACCUAGAUGUGACAAGGCUGUUCCACAUGGUGACCUAGAAUCCCAACUGCAGUCCAUUUGCCAGUCCUGUAUAAGAGAGGUGUUUCUCUGGUUUAUUGCACUCCUGAGUCAGACCAGAAUGGAAUUGGGAACAUGCCUCAUGGAGAGCCCAGCUGAUGUAAACUUGUAUGCUGUAUGCAUGAACCUUGUGUUCUUUACUUUCCACAUGUAAGGGAAAAACAACAUACUGUAGUCGAGAUUAGCAUGCAGGAGUAAAAAAUAUAGGAAUUUUUUUGGUGACAGGAUUUCAAGCUUUGAAAGGCAACUAUUUGACACAAAAGGCAAACAAACAAAGAUUAUAUCUUUUUUUUUUACCUUACAUGUUUAUAAUCUCAGUAUACAGAUUGUAUAUAUGUAAACAUUCAAUAAUGUCAAAAUUAGCUGUUAUACGUAUGUGUAUUUUGCCAAAUGCCUAAAGAAACAGUCAUGACUAACAUCAUCACAGUUCAGAUUUUCUAAUGUUAUGAGCAGACAUCCUUGGAAAUACAGAAAGGACAGUACUGUAAAACUGUGUCUCUCAGAAACUGGUGUUUGACCAAAAUCUAUACAACUUUUUCAGCAUCUUAUACUGUCUUGACAAUCUCAAUUGUACAGCAGACUGUGGAAACCAGUACAGCAGCACUUUGUCUUAAAUCAUCAUAAAAGGAACCAGCCAAAAUUCCUUGUUUAGUUAGAUAACCACCAUAUCCUCUCACAGGUGUAAUCAAGAAUGAUUCAGCAGACAACAGUCUUUAAGUCAUGUGCAGCUCAAACUUACUGGACAUUUGGGAAUACUUCUAAGUAGUCAAUUCAGGAUGUGGUGAUGUGAAGUCUGUCUGUGAGAGUCGCUGUGUAUUUUUGAUAGAGAAUUCCAGACACUGUUUUAGAUGGCAAGGCAUAGGCUUAUGAGAAGCAUAACAAUUUCACUGCACUAGAUAAUAACAGUGCUGGGCAAGUGGCCAGUUUCAUUGCUGUCUUUCAACUUUUAUUCGUUACUGGAAUCGCAUUUACCAUGCACUUGAAUGCUAUGCUUGCUGCCCCUGAAGCCCCCUUGAUAAUUUUUUGGGGCAUUAAACUGAGCACAAAUGAAUUUAGCUUAAAAAGUAUGGGGUGGGGGGGAACAACUCUUUACCAUGUUAAUCUUGCCUGUUAGUUGAUGGUUGUAUUUCUAACACCUGAGACUUCUAAAGGUUGUUGUAAAGCAAAUGCCUUCUGGUUGGGAAAUUUCAGUUAGUGAGAAACUGGACCAUAUUAAAUCAGUUUAUAAUUCUCUAGUUUUCCAAAACCGACUCUGUGGUGCAGUUGAAUACCCUACCCAACAACUGUAUGAUUAAUUAGAUAUUAUUGUAAUGGGAACAUCUAUGGUGUUUCUGAAUCUUCUACCUCUUUCAUGUAUUUCCUUUAGUAAGUGAAUCCAACACUUGCAGCCUUUUAAUGUAUUUUUUUAACUUUUAUGUCUCUCAAUAAAGUCAGAUAUAUGUAAGAUUAAAUUAAGAAAUGUUUAAAGAUGUCGGCAGCUGUAAAAUAUGUAAGAUUUUUAGAAGCACUAUAUUUUAUGAUUAGGCUGUAUGUUGGAUUAUGAAAAAAUAUUGGCCUUGGCAUUCAAAUUAUUUUCUCACAGUCAACAGGUUCUGGUAAGUAUUUGGAAAAAAGACAAAUAUCAGUGAGCACAACUGGGUGCAGACUGACCAUCUGGAAAGAGUCACUUGUAACUGCUUUAGGGAAAGAUUCUGCAUUUUUGUGGAAGGUAAAUAUAUCAAUCAGCACUGAAGAAUAUUUUUUGCAAAGAUUUACUUUGAGUGUAGCUAUCUGGAUUAAAGAUAGUUGAUAGCAUGUAGCUUAUGAAAUUAGGGUCUGAGCCAUAACUUGAAAUCAAUAUGUCUUUUGUUGAUUUCACUGGACUUUGAGCAGGACCCGUAAGAGGUUCACCCACAUUAGGACAUUAUGAUAACUUGGUCAUCACUGUGUUACUCUGUCACCUGGAAGCUGGUUUUCCCUCCCAUAUUCAUAUUUUGUCUUUAGCAACUGGACUGUUCAUUAUGUGCCUUUUAUGGUAUUUUUUUUUGAUACAAACUGGCAUGUAGUUUUGAAUGAUCCCAUUAAUUUCUGUGCAUAUCUUAUGUUUACCACUGUUUACCCCUCCCUUUCCAUUUUGCCUUAUCAAGAAGCAGCAAGAUUUGGCAGACAGAACUGGACAUAACAUACAGGCUCUUUCUGCUAUGUUCAUAGCUUCUUUUGCAAACAAAUGGCCCUCCUGACUGUAUUUUCAAUGUAGUAUGUACUUCCAGCUUUUUUUUUUUUUGUGUAUAAUUCACUUGUUGCAUAUGAUGAUACACUUCUGUGUGUAGUGUACCUUUAACAGUCACCCUCACAUUUGGAGAUAUGUAGUAACUGGAAGUCUAGUUCUGGGCACUAAGUUAAAGUUAAAUAAAUGUUGACUUUCACUUUGGUGGUCUAGCAUGAGAAUAUCACAGGACUUAUGUUCUAGCAAAAUUCUUCUGCAGAGAACUUUAUAUCAGGUUGGUAACUUGGGAGACCUGAACUGGCAGAGCUGUGUGAGCCUCCCAAGCCCGUGGAGGUUGGAUAGAGAAGUUGUUUGCUUACAAAGCUGUUAUUUCUUACUUUUAAAAUGUAGUAUUUUGGAAAGCUGCCAGAUUAAUAACCUUGAAGAUUGCAAAUAUUUUUAUCCACUGUAGUUAGUUAUGCUGGCAAUAGCAAUAUAAACUGCUGCAUAAUACCUCAUCCAGACUGAAAUAGAGUACUUGUCACUAAUAUAGCUCAGUCAUUUUGACUUAUUGAGACUCAUGCUUUUAUUUUGGUUUUAUUUUAAUAAAUGAACUAGUUAUUGCCAACUAUGCUGUAGAUGCCUGUUGAAGUGAGGAAGCCAUCAGUUCUCAACUAGAAGUAAUUGUUUAUAUGAACAUAGGACUGGCAGGAUGAGAUAUACUUAAGUUACCUUUAUGUAUUUUCAAUGUGGGAGAAGAAUCUUGUGUAAUUUAUAAUAAAAUUAAUGUGACUAACUGAUGGAGACUGGAAAAUUGAGAUUAUAUCUAAAAAUAAUGGUGCACAAUGAUGCCACAAUUUAACAAGUAAAGAUUUACCUACUAAUUCUGGAUUUGUUGACUUAAGAACUUUAGUAAUAUCAGGCAAUACACCAGAAAUGGUUGUGACUGAUAAUUUAUAUAUAGUUUUUUAUAUUUAAUUAUGUAGAUUCAAGAAUACUGUUAAUUUUAUAGAGCCUAUCUUUGCUUAAAUUGUGACUAAAGUCACAACUUGCCAGUCACCUUAAGUGUGACUUGACUUGGAAAAUGGCUUCUUCCAAAUGAUUUACAGAGUUCCUGAUCUAUGAGAUGUUGAACCUGCUGAGCUCAUGUGCUCAUGAAAUAAGUUUAUUGUGCUAUUGAAGAAGUGAACCUCUGAGGUAUAGCCUGAAUUAAAAUCAGAAAGAAAUUGUGUCAA